AUGGCCGUUUCAACUCGGCCGGAAUACUUUUUCCACUUGUCCGUCGGCUCGAUCGUUUCGAGCCACAUCCCCGCGUCCAUCCUCAGCCAGCUCGCCUACUCCGUCAGCCUCUCUGCCGGAGCGGCGAGCGUGACAGGGGACCCGACGAGCCUCAUCUAUGCGGCGUUGGAGGCGACGUCGCUGCCCUCGUGGUUCACGGCUGCGGUGCCUGUCACCUACUCCUCGCAAAUACACACGGUUCAGGAGGAGAUCAACCAGCUUCGAGCUACACCGAUAAGCCUGGCGUCUGUGUCCACUUCGUCGCCCACCUCUGACGACCCGGUAUCGCAGACCUCUCUCGCCAGCAGCGCCCCAUCCACAACCUCCGAGACCCAAAGAAGUAAAGCCUGGAUUGCCGGACCAGUCGUCGGCGGCAUCGCCGCGAUCUGCCUCCUCGCGCUCGGGGUAUUCAUAUACCAACGGCGCCGGAGGCGCAGGGCGGCCGGGCGGCCGGAGCUCGAGGGCGACACGUUCCAGAAGACAGGUGACAAGCCGCAGCUGCAUUCCGACCACCUGCCGCCGAGGUACCUGUACGAGAUGGACGCCUCGCACGCCCCGUCCGAGGCCGACGAUGGCGCGCUCCCGGAGAUGGCCGCGAACGAGGCACCGGCUCGGGAGCUGGCGGCUGAUGACCACCACUCGCGAGCUUCCGUCAGCAAAAAAGACGUUGCACAUCCUGAGACUUCUGCGGAGGGCCGCGAAAAAUGUCAUAAUUUCCAAGACGUGGUGGAAACACGGCCGUCAUAA